AUGAAUAGGCAAAUGUGUGAAAAGUUCCAGGAGGUAAGGAACUCGCUUCCCGAUCAAUUGAACAGUAGUGGAUAUUAUCAAUUUAAAGAUGAAGAAUUUUUAAAUAAUUAUUGUAAUAGUAAUCAAUGUCAAAGUGAUUACGAUAGAAUAAGUGCUGGAUGUUUAUAUUUGUUGGAUCAAUUAUAUAAGGAUUCUGGUGUGUUACCCUCUCCAAAAGAUAGUAACCCCUAUAUUGUUGAUUACAUUUUGAUAUGGUUAAGUUAUAUGUUAAACCUGACCAAUAGUAAAGGAGACAAUAUAAAGAGUUUUUAUAGUGCAUACAUAAAUAGCUGUGAUAAGUAUAAGACGGAAAUAAGUGAAUUAAAAGAUCAUGAUAAUUAUAAGGAUCUUAUAGAUAAAAGAAAGGAAUUUUUAUAUAUGGAUAGUAAUAUUGUAUCUAAAUUUUAUGAAGCAUUUAAAUUAUUAUGUAACUUGUAUAAUGAACUUGAUUAUGAAAAAAAAAAUUGCAAAAAUUAUUUGGAAGAUAAUAAUGAAUUUUUUAAAAAAUCUGAAGAACUUAAGAAAGAUACUAGUAUUACUGGAAAUGAUUCAUAUAAUCAACUAUUGUCCACUUUAUCAACUGAUUAUAAUGAUUUUAAAAAGGAAUGUAAAGAAAUUUUAUCCCCUCCACCGAAAGAAACAAAAGAUAAUCCCGGACAAACUCUUGUAGGUAUUUCUGGACAAGGUAUAGAUGAUUUGGGACAAAAUGUACAUAGUUCUGAACAAUAUUUUGCACAAGAUUCUGGACAAGAUGCACAUAAUUCUGAUGUUGCAUUAUCAAGCUCAUCGAUAGUAAGCAAAUUAAUUCCAGUUUUAUUGAUAUUUGGUGCAAUACCAAUUUUUUUGGGAAUUUCUUAUAAGUAUUCGUUAUUUGGGUUUCGGAAACGAUUUCAAAAACAAAAAUUAAGAGAAAAGCUAAAAAAAUAA